AUGCCAUCUGAAAGGGAAUUCAGAGCUCUAGUGAUUGAGAUGGUGUUGGCCACUGAUAUGUCCUGUCACUUCCAGCAAAUCAAAGCCAUGAAGAAUGCUUUGCAGCAGCCAGAAGGAAUUGACAAGCCGAAAGCCUUAUCACUGUUGUUGCAUACAGCAGAUAUCAGUCAUCCAGCCAAGGCCUGGGAUCUUCAUCAUCGCUGGACCAUGUCUCUGCUAGAGGAGUUCUUCAGACAGGGUGACAAAGAAGCAGAACUAGGGCUUCCCUUCUCUCCACUGUGUGAUCGCAAAUCUACUAUGGUUGCUCAGUCUCAAAUAGGUUUCAUUGAUUUCAUUGUGGAACCCACUUUUACUGUGCUGACUGACAUGACCGAGAAGAUUGUGACUCCGCUCAUCGAUGAAGCUUCCCACUCUGGCAUGUCCGGUUUCAGGCGUUCCAGUCUGAAUAGUAUUAGUCCCUCCGAAGUUAAACGGUCAAGUGUCAAGAGCACUGGGUCCGAAGGAAGUGCCUCACUCAAUUGCUCCAUACUCACUGUGGACUUCAAGUGUUUUAAAGCCACCUGGACCGAGGUCGUGCAGCAGAACCGGGAGAAAUGGAAAGCACAAGCCACCAAAGAAGAAAAAGCUAAGAAAGAAGCAGAGGAAAAUACUCAUCAGGGAACAGAUGAAAAGAAAACAGAUGAAAAGGAUGAGAAUAAACCAGCUGAAGAUGCCACAAUGGCAAAGACAGAGAACAGCAAAGAACCAAAUCCUGGGGAAAACAAAAGUGCAGAUUCCAAUAAGAACCAUGUAAAUGGGACUCAACAAACUGGGGUGACCAAACAUGAAGCCUCUCAAGGGAAGAAUGCACUUAGGACAAAUAAGGGAACUGACUCACAUCAUGCAGUGGGAGAGGAGAAACAGCAUGUUCAGAAUGGUGAGUUAAAGGAAGACAAUAAGUUGGACAAAAAAGAUCAGUCUAGUGUGGGGGAUGAAUCAAAGAAAACAGAUG